UUUGACAUUUGAGGAAUGAGAAACUCAAGAAAAAUAGCAAAAUUUAGCAAUAUUUGGUAAAUAAAACGUACAUAUUGACGCAAGUGCGGUAGCAUUUUGACUGAAUCCGAAAUCUUUAGAGGUUACUGGAUAGAAAUGAAACAAUGCGUACUGUUUGUAAAAAAUAUCUGAUGAGCCGGAACAGUCUGGUUUUGAAUUAUCCAAUAAGAUUUCUACAAGUACCGGGUUUCGACGACAGAAAAAACGAUGUGAUCUACUGUCGGCCAUUACACGUUCAACAAUGUGUCAACAAUUUGGCUAUAUUUUUUCCAGGGGAUGUACAGGAUUUUACCGAGAACAUGCUGUCACACAGAGAUAAUAAAAAUCACAAAGACUGGAGCCUAGACAAUACGGCAUUCCUUAUGCAAAAAAAGUUCCCAAACUGUCAUAUUGUAGUCAUUAAACCUUCCAGGAUGGAUUUUAAGACAUUCAGUUGCUUUAAGAAUUUUGUCGAAAGUAGUGAUUUAGGAGUUCCAAACCACACUCCCGAUUUUAACUCAUUACUACAUUUAGAUCAGUUGAUCAAGAAUUUAGGUAUACAGCUUAAAAGUGUUGAUCAAAAUGCACUGAAAAAGUUAUUAGAUAUUUCGAAAACAGCUGUGACGAUCUCCCCAAAUAGAUGUGGUGCGAUUGACGAAAAAGACUCGCUAGACAUUUCGUAUUAUACCAAUCAAGAUAUUUCAAGUUCGAAAAUAAAAUUGAUAGGGUUCAGUAAAGGAUGUGUGGUUCUAAACCAGUUUGUACACGAAUUUCAUACAAAGAUUGAGCUGGAGAAAAACAAAAAUGAAUUGGGUGUUAUUUCCAGAAUUAAGGAUAUGUACUGGUUAGAUGGAGGUCAUUCUGGUGGACAAAAUACCUGGGUUACUGAUGGAAAAAUAUUGGGAACUUUGGCAAAAAUGGGAAUUAAUGUCUUCGUACACGUAUCUCCAUACCAAAUAGAAGACUAUCGGCGCCCGUGGAUUAAAAAAGAAGAAAGAAUAUUCAGCGAAACUCUAGCUAAAUACGGAUGUAAAAUUGAGAGGCAGUUACAUUUUGAGGAUAUACCUCCUAGUAUUACGACACAUUUUGACAUGUAUAAUGUCUUUAAAAACCCCUAAGUAUUUUCAAGUGAUAUACAUAUAUUCCAUAGAACACAAAUUUGAAAAAUACUAACAUGGCAAAAAAAGUGGCAUCGGGGUAGCCUUUGUUGAUUCAAAGACUACUAUGACGCCAUUUUUUUAGGGUCGUAUGGUACUUUUGCAUUUUCAGAUAUUUAUCAUAAUAAUAAUAAUGGCGUGACUGUUGUUUUUAUAUAUUUCUAGAAAAAAAUCAAUUUUGAUUAUUGGAACCCUCUUAGUUAAAAUAGUUGUCAUACUGUGAUUUAUUCAUAUAAUUUAACUAUUAUUUUUUUAUUAUUCUUAAGUUUAGAUGAAAUUUAACUUAAGACCUUAAGUUGUAGAACGAAAGUUUAAAGAACGAUUUUAGAUUGUAAGAUCUACUUAAUUUUAAUUUUUUAUUACUUAAUCAAUAAAAUAAGCUUAAGUUAUUAUGUCACAAACAGGAAGUUGUUAAAUAUAUUAGGUGUUAUUACUAAAGUCUGUCCACGGAGAGGACACAACAGUUGUAGUUUGUCAUUUUUAUUUAGAGAUAAAUUUGUGUUUUCUGUCAUCUUUUGGAUGUCAUCUGUCGUAAUCUUUCCUGCCUCACAGACUUGAGUUACUUUUUCAAUUUAUUGUGUUGUUCAUAAUUUUAGAUAAUAAUUUAAUUUAGCCUAAGUAUUUUAAUACUAUAUUUAUUUAUUACUAGAAAUAUAUUAGAUGUAUAAAAUAAAGAAUCAAUCUCCGAAAUGAC